AUGAAAAUCUCUUCUCUCCUAUUUGCCAUCUUAAUCCUCCUCCACCAACAGCUUCCCACCGUCAACGCAUCAGUAAAAAAAAUCUGCAAGCAGGUAGCACUCGAAAAAGGUGGAGACUACGAUUUCUGCUUGAAGUCACUGCAACGCGACCCAAAAAGCAGCACAGCCAGUACUUCAGGCCUCGCUCUCAUUGCAACGAGGAGGGCGAAGGAAGACUUCAGAAGCGCUUUAGCAACUGUGAAGAAGCUUCUUAGAGGAAAUAUAACAGAUAAUGAUAAAAGUUCACUGGCUGUUUGCGCUCAAGUCUAUGAUGAUGGAGUUUACAUUCUGCGGGAAGCAAUUGGAGCAAUUCGAUCGGGGAAGAGAGACGAUGCAAUCACUUGUUUGAGCGCGUCGUUGACUGAUGUUAACACAUGCAGUGAUACUUUUGAUGAGUUGGCGGCAAACAAGACGCUGGUAGCCAAAGUGGAUGCUGAUGCUGCAAAAAUCUCUACUUUAGCUCUUGAAAUUGCAACUUUAAUGUGA